AGGAAGUACAGGUAAACUAGACAACCAACAUACAUAUUAAAGUAGAAGAUGUGUCAUUAUACACAGUGUUAGUAAAUUGACUUUAUUAACAAGGACUUUACAGAAAAGGUUUGGUGAAUUAUUGUGUGAAGAUCUCCAUCAUGUCCAGAUUUAGCGGAGUGGAUGCAAAUGUGCUGGCACAGACUAUAAGUUCAAAUAUCCAAAGAAUAACAUCGCUAACUAAUGAAAUCCAGCAGAUGAUGAGACAUUUUGGAACAGCACAAGACACAACUGAACUGCGACAGACAUUACAGGAGAAACAACAGAAAGUCAAUCAGCUUGCUAAAGUGACAGACAAAUGCAUGAAAGAAUACAGUGCUUUACCUGUGUCAACAGAACAGCGGCAAAGAAAAAUCCAGCGAGAACGUCUAAUCACUGAAUUCUCCAAUGCACUGGCCCUUUUCCAGAAAGCUCAGCGAGAGGUAGCAAAGAAAGAGAAGGAGUUUGUGGCGCGUGUCCGAGCGAGCUCAAGAAUUUCGGGUGGUGAUAUAGAUGAUGGUUUUGGAGGAUUUCCAUCCCCCUUUCAAAGUGAGAUUCAUGCUCAAGAUCAGAGAUAUGAGGAGACCAUCACAGAAGAAGAUCUGCAGCUCAUUCAGGAGAGAGAAUCAGCGAUCAGACAGCUGGAGUCGGACAUCACAGACAUUAAUGAAAUCUUCAGAGAUCUGGGCAUGAUGGUGCAUGAACAGGGAGACAUGAUUGACAGUAUAGAGGCCAAUGUAUCAAAUGCAGAGAUGAAUGUGCAGACGGCCACACAACAGCUGGGUAGAGCAGCAAGUCACCAGACAUCAUUCCGCAAGAAGAUUUUCAUCCUGAUCGCUGUUCUGAUUGUGUUUGCUGUCAUUAUUGGUUUGAUUAUCUGGGCUUCUGUCAAAAACUAAAUUUGACCAUCAGAUGUCCCACAGCAUUUGUACUGGCAUUAGUUAUGGAGGUUUGUCACUAACUGAAGCUGUCCUGACUUGCGUUCUAAAUACCGUUAAGAUAUUGUCACUAACAGAAUGUUUAAUACAAGUUGAGCUCUAAGGACAGUAUCUUAAGUGUGCAGUUCCUUACCACAGAAACUUAUUUUAACUCCAUUUGUUAAAAGGGUCCUGUUAUGCUCUUUGGCAAAGUCUUAAUUUUGUUUUGGGGGUGUACAAGAACAGGCUCUCAUACUAGGUUGUUAAAAAAAAACAUUAUUUUUCACAUAUUUUACAUUAUAACAACACCUCUCUCCCAAGUCUGGCAUGAACAGCUUCAAUAGUUCCUGUAUCAAAGGAAUGCCCGCCUUCUGUAAUAUGAAAUGUGCUGUGAUUGGUUAGCUGGGCCAGUGUGUGUUGUGAUUAGCUCCACUCGGCGACUCGUCGGGAAAUGUAAUGCCCCUUACAAUAGCUCCCUGCAAGCUUUAGUGUAAAGAUUUUGUCAACAUCAAAUCAAUUUGAGUUUGGGUUUAAAGCUGCAGUAGGUAACUUUUGUAAAAAUAUAUUUUUUACAUAUUUGUAUGUCCUGACAGUAGAAUAUGAGACAGAUAAUCUGUGAAAAA